AUGGACAUCGUUGGACCGCUUCCCGAAGGUAACGGAUUCAGAUACUGUCUGACGAUGAUGGACCGCUUCUCUAGAUGGCCCAAAGCCGUGCGUCUCAAAGAUGUCGAAGCGCUGACAGUGUGUCGAGCUUUUGUAGACCACUGGGUCUCACGCUACGGAGCGCCUGAAACACUAACAACUGACCAACGCAGUCAGUUCGAAUCACAACCCUUCAAGGCACUACUUCAGCUAACUGGCUGCCAACGAAUACGAACAACGGCUUAUCACCCAGCAUCGAAUGGUAUGAUUGAGCGGUGGCAUCGUUGCCUAAAAGCCGCAAUCAUGUGCCACGCGAAUCCGGAUUGGUCGCGAGCUCUCUCAACAGUUUUACUAUGGCUCAGAUCAAACGUCAUGGACGUCGGUUCAUCCCCCGCGGAAUAUCUCUUUGGCACAACCCUACGUAUACCUGGGGAGUUCGUGCUUCCAGACGAGUUCACUCCAAAUCCUCAAAUAUUCUUAGAAGAGUUUCGUGAGCAUAUGCGAUCGGUCAAGCCAGUACCGGUCGGGCAUCACGGCAAGAAACGAGUAUUCUUACAUAAAGACUUAAACUCUUGCUCACACGUUUUCCUUCGAGUCGGAACAGGAAAAAAAUCCCUUGAGCGUCCGUACACCGGCCCACAUAAAGUAAUCAACCGAAACUCAGACCGCGUGUUCGAAAUCCACGUUAACGGAUCGUCACGUCAAGUGUCAGUAGAAAAUGUAAAACCUGCGUACUUCCUCCGGGACGAUAUUACUAAUCACUCAACGACUAAUGUAAACGGAAACGCUACCUAA